AUGGCAUUCAAGGAGUUCAUAAUCCGAAGCUAUGAAGGCCAACUGGAUAGAGCUCAAGUAGAAGAUCUUGGAAGAAGAUGCAAAGUAGGACCAUCAGAAAGCGUGUUAGACACUAUGGGUGACCCCACGUGUAGGAUCAGAAACAGUCCCAUGAACAUAAUGCUGGUAGCAAAAAUGGACAAUGAAUUGGUUGGCGUCAUUCAAGGCUCAAUAAAAGUGGUCACAAUUCGUAGUCAUCCUCAAAAGAAUAUGGCAAAGGUGGGAUAUGUCUUAGGCUUGAGAGUUGCACCCCAUGGUCAAAGAAAAGGCAUUGGCUCAAGCCUAGUGCAAAAGCUAGAAGAAUGGUUCACUUGCAAUGAUGUGGAGUAUGCAUAUAUGGCCACGGAGAAAGACAACUAUGCCUCAAUCAAUCUCUUCAUGAACAAGUUUGGCUACACUAAGUUUAGGACUCCAGCUAUACUCAUAAACCCAGUGAAUCAUCACUUAUUUCGAAUCUCAUCCAACAUAGAGAUAGCUAGGGUCAAGAUUGAAAAGGCUGAGUUCCUCUAUAGAAGAUUCAUGGGCUCCACUGAGUUCUUCCCUAAUGACAUAGAAAAUAUACUUAGGAACAAGCUAAGCUUGGGAACAUGGAUGGCUUAUUUCAAAGAUAGUGAUUUUGGCUCAGAUGGACAAGUCCCCAGUAGUUGGGCUAUGCUUAGUGUAUGGAACAGUGCAGAAAUCUUCAAGCUAAGGCUAGGGAAAACACCUUUUUCUUGCAUGUUAUUCACUAAGAGUUGGAACUUGAUUGAUAGAAUCUUCCCUUGCUUGAAAUUACCCACCUUCCCUAAUUUUUUUAGUCCAUUUGGGUUUUACUUCAUGUAUGGAAUGUACCAAGAAGGGCCAUUCUCUGGGAAGCUAGUGAAGGCCUUGUGCAAAUUUGUAAACAACAUGGCUUCUAAGAGUGAGAAUUGCAAAAUUAUUGUGACAGAAGGUGGAGGAAGAGACGAGCUGAAUCAUCAUGUUCCACAUUGGAAAUUGCUCUCAUGCCAGGACUUAUGGUGCAUAAAGGCUUUGAAAAAUGAAGGAACAAGCAUGUUUCAUGAAUUAACCAACUCCCCACCACCAAGAGCUCUCUUUGUAGACCCACGAGAGGUCUAA